CGUGGUUGACGAUCAAGGCAGAAAACUAGACUCGCAACCACGACGACGGUGUAAUGACAGCAUUACAAACAACUUACAACGUCAACGUCGUCAAGCUUUGGUUCAACGGUAGGAGGUCCUUCAAAUGACCUUGGCUUUGCUCAAAGCUUUCCUCCAUUAUGUGAAUGCUCAGCCGUAUCACGUUUCCUGCGUUUCCCUGCACAUCGGUUUGGUGACUCAGGGACUUUCUUUCCAUCAGCUAGAAGUCACCUCCUCGCAAGCGGGAAAUUCCAUACAUAUAUGGCAGCCCUUCAUUGAACUGGCAAAACGGAUUCAGACUUUGGAACAACACGUGCUCCGUGACUACCACCUUGCUCUUUCACCAUGACCACACUUCCUCCAGAGCUUGUAGAGAUACUCAUACACGAGGCGUGGUACUCUGAAAUGCCGUCCUCCAUCCGAAAAUCAUUCAUGACUACUUGCCCCCGGAUCAAUAGAAUAUGGAAAGCCAUCUACGCCCCUAUCGCUUCUCGAGAUAUGUACAUCACCAAUAUCGCAUUUCUGGACUAUCUAUGCGACAUAGCCCAAGCACAAAAAUCUAUCAUCUACCAUGACUUCAUUCCUCGGCUUACCCGUACCAUUACCUGCUUCGUCGA